GCUGAAAGGCAGAGUCAGAAAGGAAAAGGAACCCUGGAGUGACUGUGGGUUAACAGGAAAACUGAAUUUGUUCUUUACUGCAAUUGAAAGCACUGGAAAAUGUGCAAAGGAUUAGCCGCUUUACCCCAAACCUGCCUCGAAAGGGCUAAGGAGAUCAAGUCGAAAUUAGGAGUCUUACUGCAGAAGCCGGAAAAUGCCAUCGACCUCAUCAUCCCCUACCCUGAGAAGACUGAAAAGAAACCGGAGAAGCUCCAGAAGCCUGCUCCUGAAGAGGCUUCUCAAUGGCGUGAGAGUCUGGACCGGGUCCUGAACAACAGCUAUGGUCUGUCUGCCUUCCGUAGCUUCCUGCAGUCUGAGUUCAGUGAUGAAAACAUCGAGUUCUGGAUGGCCUGUGAGGAUUUCAAGAAGACCAAGAACCCAGCGAAGAUGGCUGCCAAGGCAAAGAAGAUCUACGAAGACUUUAUCCAGUCUGAGGGACCCAGAGAGGUCAAUAUUGACCACUUCACCAAGGAUGUGACCCUGAGGAACUUGGUGGAGCUUUCCCCUUCAACCUUUGACCUGGCCCAGAAGAGGAUCUAUGCCCUCAUGGAGAAAGACUCCUUUGGCCGUUUCCUCCGGUCUGAGCAGUACCAGGAGCUCCUGGUCAACUAAAUUGAGUAGCUAGGGCAGGGGUGGGUAGGUGGGGAGAUUUUAAACAGUAGCUAGAUGGUUUGAAAAAAAGAAAACUAAUGAAGAAUUUCGAUUAAAUAUUUAUAAUAA